AUGGAUGUCAAACAAAACUCAUCUCAAACACCUUCUAGCAAUGAACGUAAAGAUAAGAGGAGAAAGAUUAUGUUCUUUAAUGGUUUAUCACUGGAUAACAAAAAAGUAUUGAUUAGAUUUGGAAUGGACAAACCUCUGGAUGAAUUGGUUGAACACUUAGAAAGAAUUUUGGCAUCUCAAACUGAUGGAACUAAAUUUAUGUUCAGAAAAAUGAUUCAGGAUCCAGUUCAGUAUUUAACUUCUAUUCAAGCUUGA